CCUUUAAAUCGAGCGAGCUUCCCUGUUCACGGCGAACGGGCUUCUGGCGCGCAGCUCCGCCGCGGAUCAAAGGGUGACGUGCCUCGGCUUUGAUCUGUCUUCACGAUACAUUCAUACGUUCUACAGACAUUGAAAGGAUGGAUUUGGACGUGGUGAACAUGUUCAUCAUUGCCGGCGGGACGCUGGCGAUCCCCAUCCUGGCUUUUGUAGCCUCCUUCCUGCUCUGGCCUGCAGCUCUCAUUAAAGUUUAUCACUGGUAUUGGCGCAGAAGGCUGGGAAUGCAGGUGGAUUAUGCUGAAUAUGAAGGAUAUCGCUUCUGUUACUCUCACAGAGGGACUCCAGGCACCCGUCCGUCCGUCCUCUUGUUACACGGCUUCUCUGCACACAAAGACAUGUGGCUCGGUGUGGUCAAGUUUCUUCCUAAAAAUAUGCACCUGGUGUGUGUUGACAUGCCGGGACAUGAGGGUACGACCCGCAGCAGUGCUGUGGAUUACUCCAUCGAGGGCCAAGUCAAACGGAUACAUCAGGUGGGUAUUUUCUGGGGGGGAAAUUAUAUAUAUAUAUAUUCUCUAACAGACAUUUCUUCUCAAACAUUUCUCGCUCUGGCAGGUCUCCAGUAUCCCACUGAAAGUAAGUUUGUUCAGCGUUUGAGGGAACUGGAGAAAGCUCAGGACAGUGACGGGAUCCCGCUGAUACCCUCCACACCAGAAGAGAUGGAGGAGAUGCUCAAACUGUGUUCCUAUGUACGCUUUAAGAUCCCUAAACAGAUUCUUCAAGGACUGGUUGACGUCCGUCUUCCUAACAAUGACUUCUACCGCGAGUGUUUCAUGGAGCUUGUCGGAGAGAAAUCCAGACACUCUUUACAUGAGAACAUGCAUCUCAUUUCAACUCCUCUACAAGUUAUUUGGGGGAAAAACGACCAGGUGUUAGACGUGUCUGGGGCUUCAGUUCUGGCCAGAGCCAUCCCAGGAUCUCAGGUUCAUCUGCUAGACAACUGUGGUCAUUCAGUAGUGAUGGAGCGGCCGAGGAAAUCCGCCCAGCUCAUCAUGGACUUUAUCAUCUCACAACAGAACAGCAACAAGAAACUGUCCUAAAACUGGACUUCAUAUAUCUUUAAUAUGUGGCUUCAUGGUUGGUUGAAGGUUAAGGAUCUCGGCUGCAAACCUAAAAGUUGCUGGGUUGAUCUCGAGAGAAGGUGAAGCAGAGAUCUGAAAGAUACAGAUUUCACAGUCCUGCUGUGUAAUUGAUUACUCUUUGUUGUAAGUCAAUGCAGUUUGUGCACAGAAACAUGCUUUGGAUCAAAGACUCUUAAAAAGCAACAAUAUAUGAUUUUACUGUGGAAGCCUGUUUCCGCCUCUGAGUAAAAAAUAAAAAAGGGAAUUUUGACUUUUUAUCUCACAAU